AUGUCUUUCUCAAAGAGAAAUGGAGCUUACUCUCCAACAAAUCUGUCCACAAGAGGAAGCUUGUCAAUCCUGAUACGAGACUUAGUGCUUCUGAAUACUCCUUGCUUUCCAUCAAAAGAGAUGCAAGCCUGGCCUCCACUCGAUGUCGAAGGAAAGUUCGCUUCUCAGGGAAACCUGAAGAUCAGAUGUGAGCCUCUGCUAGAUUUUCUUGGCUAA